AUGGAUCUGGGUACCGCCGCUGCUGCGCUCGCCGGGGGGGCGACUGUGGCCGCAUAUCUCAAUGCCAAAUUCCACAUCAAGAAAGAUGUAUCGGCAUUAUGGGCCCUGAAGAGGGCGGAGCGUAUUUACUCCUCGGCCCUCGCAAGAGAACAGGGGAAUCCAUGGUUUGUCUUCCUUGAAACAGUGAAACGAUACCCAGACAUGACUUGUCUAUGGACUCGGGAGCGAUCUUAUACAUACCGCGAGGUUCUGGAACAGGCCUGUCAAUAUGCAAAUUUCUUCUUGGAGAGUGGCGUGCAGAAGGGCGACCUGGUGGGGUUCUAUCUACAGAAUCGGGCAGAGUUUAUCAUCGCCUGGAUAGCCCUCUGGAGUAUUGGAUGUGCGCCUGCCGCUAUCAACUAUAAUCUGACUGGAGACGCGCUUGUGCAUUGUUUGAAGAUCAGCGGUGCUAAGAUCACCAUCGUGGAUGAGGAUCCUAUCUGCACCGCUCGAAUAGAGGAGUGCAACCACAUCCUCUCUGGGGAACUGGGGAUGAAGAUGAUGACUUUAGACGAGUCACUCAAGGCCACUAUCCGCGCUUCACCAGCUACAUUGCCUCCGAAAGACCUUGCUAUGAAAAUGAGUGGUGAAUUCCCAUCUAUCCUUCUGUAUACUUCUGGGACAACGGGCAUGCCAAAGGGCUGUGCUUUCACCAUGGCACGACUCUACACUACGCUUUAUCUUCGUCGACACUCUUUAGGCGACAAAGAUGGCCCUGAUGGGGACCGUUGGUAUAGUUGCAUGCCUCUAUACCAUGGAACCGCUGCUAUGAGUCUCAUUUCGUGUCUGGUGGUAGGCGUUAGCAUCGCGCUGGGGCCCAAGUUCAGUGUUCGAAACUUCUGGAAAGAUGUGCGCGAUUCAGAGUCAACCUACUUCGUUUAUGUCGGAGAGACAGCUCGCUAUCUACUCGCGCCGCCGCCAUCCCCUGACGAUCGUAAUCAUAAGGUGCGAUGCAUGUAUGGGAAUGGGCUGCGCCCUGAUGUCUGGGAGCAGUUCCGAGAGCGGUUUGGCGUUCCUGAAGUUGGUGAAUUCUUCAAUAGCACCGAGGGCAUCUUCAGUCUCUUCAACUACAAUCGCGGCCCCUUUACUGCCGGUAGUGUUGGCCACCACGGACUUCUCGUACGGGGCUUGAUGCAUAAUGUUUUUGUGCCGGUCUCUAUCGACCCGGAGACAGGCGAUAUCCUCCGAAACUCCGAUACUGGAUUUGCAGUCCGUGCUCCCUAUGAUCAAGGAGGAGAGAUUUUAGUGAGCAUUCCAAAUAAGCAGGCCUUCCAAGGAUACUGGCAAAACGACAAUGCAACCGAAAAGAAGUUUUUGCGUGAUGUGUUCAAGAAGGGCGACUUGUAUUACCGCUCAGGUGAUGCUCUACGUCGCCAAAGUGAUGGUCGAUGGUACUUCCUUGACCGCCUAGGUGAUACAUUUCGCUGGAAGAGUGAGAAUGUGGCCACUGCCGAGGUAUCCGAAGUCAUUGGGAAGUUCCCAGGCGUUCAAGAAGCAAAUGUCUACGGCGUCCGCCUGCCCAAUCAUGAAGGGCGUGCCGGGUGUGCAGCCCUACAGAUCAGUCCCGAAGCUCGCCAAACUUUUGACUUCGCCGCGCUGGCGCGUUUUGCACGAUCGAAGCUGCCGCGCUACGCUGUACCUAUCUUCCUUCGUAUUGUGGACAACCCUACUCAUAUCCACAAUCAUAAGCAGAACAAGGUGCCGCUACGCGAGGAGGGUGUGGACCCUGAACUAAUCGGCACAAAGGUGACAGAUGGACAGGGUGAUCAUUUCUUGUGGGUCGCUCCCGGCAAUCAGGAGUAUACGCCCUUUGGAAAGCAGGAGUGGCAGAAGAUUUCUGAUGGCAGUGCCCGGUUGUAG